CCUGUACUCUCAGUUUAGAUGAGCCGCCGAGUAAUCAGUUCUUAUCUGAAGUCUGACGUCUUUUCACGACAAUGAGCAUAAGUGGCCAAACCCUGUAACACGCAGCUGCCGUUCACACGUACGAAUUCUACAGCACUCAAGGCAAGCCUGUCGACCGCGGACGAUUGGGUCUGGCGAUACGGCAGUCCUUUCACUAAGGAAUUCAAGCUGAUUAUGUACGCUACGAAGCAACAAUAUAUAACGCAGGUUCCUAUUCUUCCACAAUUUCAGCUGUCUGUUCAGGGUGAUCAAUAUGCUAGCUUUUAUGACGCGAACAGGAAAAGCUGGUCUGUCAAGUUUGAAACACAGGAAGCCUCGGAUGAGUUUGCUAGGCAGGUUGACAGCAUUUGUUGUAAUAUUGUAUGCUCUGGCUUCUGACUUUGUAACUAUCGAUUCACAACAAGUGACACUCUCAACAGAAUGGAUAGCAGAGCAACAGUUCCCGAGUGGCAUCUUUCUCACUGUUGAAGAACACGUCGACACAUACAGAAAAGGAGAUCUUGAUGGAGAAACUGCCAACACAGCGUUUGUGCUCAUCUCACUUAUUGAAGCCAAAAAUGCAGCCAAUAUCAAUGCAGCAUCAACAGUCGCUGCCGCUAUCACGAAAGCUCAAAGCUACCUACAAGAAAAGUUGACAUUGACGAGUAGACAUUAUACUAUCUGUAUUAUGGCAUAUGCCCUUGCACUUUCUAAAAGCUCAAUGACAUCUCAAGCUAUCACCAAGUUGAAGUCUAUUGCGACUAUAGAUGAUGGAGUAAUGUAUUGGAAGGAGACCGAUGACUCAAGUAGGAAGAGUAGCAACGACGAUUUCUUUUAUUAUCCUUACCACGCAUCGUCAGCUGAAAUUGAGAUGACUGGCUAUGGUCUUUUGGCCAUCAUGCAGACCGGUGACAUUUCUGGUGGGCUGCCAGCUGCUAAAUGGUUGAGUAAACAGAGGAAUUUGCUUGGAGGAAGGUCCUCAACUCAGGACACGUGUGUUGCUCUUCAAGCUCUUGCUAAUUUUGCUCCAGCUGUGCACCAUGGAUCUGGAUAUCUCAACAUUCAUCUUACUUCGGAUCUUGAUUUGAAUUUCUCACAUUUAUUUAUUGUUGACUCUGACAAUGCACUAGUUCUUCAACAUGCAGAAGUUCCUGAUGGUGGCAAUCUUAACUUGAAUGUGAAUGGGUCUGGAACUGCUCUUCUGCAGGCAACUGUGGCAUACAACGUUCCUGCACAUGGUAGCUCAGAACCGUCUUACCAACUGGUAGUUGAUGUGUUGGAGAAGAAUACUAGUGGCAGUAUUGAUAUAACACUCUGUUCAACAUAUAAAAAGAAUAAGGACUCUGGCAUGGUUGUUGUGUCGUCUGUCCUCCCGUCUGGAUUUGGACUUGAUCAUGAUGCAAUGAAGACAUACUUGAAAUCCAAUUUGGAUGUGAAGAGGUAUGAUGUCAGCGGAGAUUAGGUGGACAUUUAUCUCAACCAGCUUGUGUAUAACAGCAAGAAAUGUGUAGUACUGACAGCCAAUCGUCAGUAUGAUGUUGGGAAUGUGAAACCAGCCCCUGCUGUUGUCUACAGUUACUAUGAACCAGAUCUCGAGAAAGAGUCGGUGCUGUAUGCACCAUCGACAGUGGCUGGCGUGACUUUAUGUGAGCUAUGUAUGUGUAACAAGAAUUGUGCUGGAUGUGAUAAUUACCAGAAAACUAUUGGCUGCUUGACACAGAAACCAUCUUCGAGCUCUCCAUCCGUUUCCAGUAUUUUGUUGAUGACUGUUCUAAUGACUUUUGUUGGUAUGAUGGUGAUGAAUUCAUUGCUGAAUGAUUCUGUUAAUUGACUGGAUGUAACAGGUGGUUAAGUGAGUGAACUACAUAUGUUGAACUUCAUUAUUUUUACUCAAGGCUGGACUGUAUGGAUGGGGUAAUUUUUUAUCUGGUUUAUCUCAAUGCUUAUCAAACAACUCUACUCACUACUCAAUUCCAAGUCUGACUUUAUGUGGAAUAGACAGUAUGUCAGACUACUUAGAGAUGGGACUUGAUUCUAAUAACAAUUUCCUAACAAGAAAAUUGUAAGUCUUCUUUAUAAAAUUAUGAACAAUAGUUAUGGCACUUAAACAAAAUGUUUCUACUCAAAUAGUUCAUUUACAUGUAUGUUUUGCGUGUUAUUAAUUCGUCCAUUGCGCGUGUAGGUUGUCAAUCCUAUGCAUGCCAAUGUAACUGGUGAUCUGUUUCUUGAUUAACUUCUUUAUCAUCAGAACAUUCUUUGUUAUGGGUUUGUGGUAAGCAGUAGGUGCAGUGGCUUAUUAGUUGUAUAUACAUGUAGUUAUUUUGCCAAUGAUUGCUUUAAUCAAAUAUAUUACACUUG